CAGGGGAGCCCUGGCCGCGCGGAGAUUCGAUCCACGCGCGCGGAGCCGCCGCCCUGACGACGCACGCCGGGGGUUCCAGGCUGGGACGCAGGGAGCGACCCGCCUGCGCGCCUGCACAGCGGCGGAGGCGGGGCCCGGGCGGGGCCUGCGGCCGCGGGAACCCCGAGCCCGCCCUCGGCGCGCCCCGCGCUCACCAUGGCCCCCGCGCUGCUGCUGGUCCCCGCGGCCCUCGCCUCUUUCAUCCUGGCCUUUGGCACCGGAGUGGAGUUCGUGCGCUUCACCUCCCUGCGGCCGCUGCUCGGAGGGAUCCCGGAGUCCGGUGGUCGGGAGGCCCGCCAAGGCUGGCUGGCUGCCCUGCAGGACCGCAGCAUCCUCUCCUCCCUCGCUUGGGAUCUGGGGCUCUUGCUACUGUUUGUGAUGCAGCACAGCCUCAUGGUGACUGAGAGAGUGAAGAUGUGGACAUCCCGGUACUUCGGGGUCCUUCAGAGGUCACUGUAUGUGGCAUGCACUGCCCUGGCCUUGCAGCUGGUGAUGCGGUACUGGGAGUCUGUUCCCACAGGCCCUGUGUUGUGGGAGGCUCGGACUGAGCCAUGGGCCACCUGGGUGCCCCUCCUCUGUUUUGUGCUGCACGUCAUUUCCUGGCUCCUCAUCUUCAGCAUCCUUCUGGUGUUUGACUACGCUGAGCUCAUGGGCCUCAAACAGGUCUAUUACCAUGUGCUGGGGCUGGGUGAGCCGCUGGCCCUCAAGUCUCCACGGGCUCUAAGGCUCUUUUCCCACCUUCGCCACCCAGUGUGUGUGGAACUGCUGACCGUGCUGUGGGUAGUCCCCACUCUGGGCACCGAUCGCCUCCUUCUCGCUCUCCUCCUCACCCUCUACCUGGGCUUGGCUCAUGGGCUUGACCAGCAAGACCUCCACUACCUGCGUGCUCAGCUACAAAGAAAACUCCAGCUGCUUUCCAGGCCUCAGGAUGGAGAGGCAGAGUGAGGAAGGAGCCGGCUCUGGUUCCCAGCCCUGUUCUUCCUUUCACCCCCAAGUUCAAAAUCCUUUGGCAUCCAGGUUCUGGCUGCUUCAGACCGGAGUCUGGAACCCAAGCAUUGAAGGGAGCUGUCCCUUCUCCUGGGGAGACCUCAUCCCAGGUGCAGCUCUACACUCUAAAUUCAGUUUCAGCCACUAGGCUCCCCUUCUCAUCCAGGAAAAUGAGGUGCGGUGCGGACCCCGUCAGCCUUCUCAUCAUCUAGAUCUAAGGCAUGACACUCCCCUCAACCCUCUCACGGUCAGCCCUGGGCACCUUCCUAGCAGUGGCUCUGCCCCUCAGGAUUGCCUACAUCCCCACCCCCACCCCGCCUCCAGCUUUCACUCCCAGGGGCUGGGGUCAGGGCCUGUCGGCAAGUUUGCAAAUAGAGGCUGUUCCCUCUGGGGCACAGCGGUGCGUGCGCCCCAAUCCUGCCAGGGCGGAUUCUCCCGUUCUCAACUCGUGACUCAGGGUCCCCUGCCCUCCCUAGUAACAUGCGCUGGAGAAAAAUAAAACUUUUUUCUACAUA